AUGACAUCCUCCACCAGCGACACCCUCGCAACCCCAGUCCUUACAGGCCCAGAGAAUUUCCAGCUAUGGAAACUUCACAUCACUGGAAAACUUCGCCGAGACAAAGUACUGCACGUCGUCACAGGCGCAGAUCCUGAUCCAACCAUUGCCACCACUGCUCCUGCCACUGCUCCUAAUGUCUCCACUACCUCAGCCUCUUCUGCCCCACUUCCAUCAAUCACUUGCAGUAGUGCAACAGACUCAUGGGCCGCGCGCGAUGAAAACAUGCGCAACAGCAAAGGCAUUUUUGACGAACUUGCAACCAUUCACAAUACGUCAAGUGUCGCCAAUGCCUUCUACACCUUCGAACAACUCAUUGCUUUGAAGUGGGACGGUGUGGGUAUCACAACCUGGCAGGCACAUAUAAGAAAAGUGCUCAGCCAGUAUAAGUGA